AAUACUGUUGCCACACCUGUAUAUUUCAUGUUGAACGGUGAACAGCCUGUGUUCAAUUUCCUUUAUGCUCCCGAAGUAGUGUAGCCAUGAGUACGUUAAAGCUGCAGAAGAGGCUCGCCGCCUCUGUUAUGGGAUGUGGGAAAAAAAAGGUGUGGCUUGAUCCCAAUGAAAUCAACGAAAUUGCCAACACAAACUCCCGCCAAAACAUUCGUAAAUUAAUCAAAGAUGGGUUGAUCAUCAAGAAGCCAGUUGCAGUCCAUUCCAGAGCCAGAGUCAGGAAAAACACUGAGGCCAGAAGAAAGGGUCGUCAUUGUGGCUUUGGUAAGAGGAAGGGUACUGCCAACGCUCGUAUGCCACAAAAGACCCUGUGGGUGAACCGAAUGAGGGUAUUAAGAAGGCUACUAAAGAAGUACAGGGAAGCCAAGAAGAUAGACCGUCACCUCUAUCACCAACUGUAUAUGAAAGCAAAAGGUAACGUCUUCAAGAACAAGCGUGUACUCAUGGAGUUCAUUCACAAGAAGAAGGCAGAGAAGGCUAGGACAAAGAUGUUGAAUGACCAGGCAGAGGCUCGAAGACAGAAGGUGAAGGAAGCCAAGAAGCGACGUGCCGAGCGAUUAACACAGAAGAAGCAAGAACUUUUGCAGUCCUACCAGAAGGAAGAUGAGGCGGCAGCGGCGAAGAAGUAAAUUUUAACUCAUCUGAUUUUUUAAGAAUAUUUUGUUGGGAAAAUACAAAAAUCCUUAAAAGAA